AUGAGGAUCUUGCUUCUACUCAUUCUUUGUUUUGCUGUCAUAUUUGUGAAUUCGCGAAAACUGCGCAAAUAUACGAUAAACCUGGAUGAGAAUCCGACUCAGCGCUGGAAUCACGUUAUUCGCGAUCAUUUGGAUUACCUUCCUGGCGUCAUCGCCGAGAGCAAAAAUUAUAUUCCGACAUUUCUCCAACCAUUCGUAUGGUUCGUUUCAUCAAAAAUAGCAUAUUUCUUCCCGAAAGAUAAACGAUUAGAGCUUGAAGGGAUCGCAUUGGAAUCAGGAAUUCCUCUUGGUGAAGUGGUCGGCCUCAAUAUUCUUUACGACAUCGCGGCUUUUGAUAGAAGACAUGUUUUCGGACUUGGUUGCACUUCAAUUGUGGCUCAAAAUUCGAAAGGCCAAAUAAUUCACGGAAGAAAUUUGGAUUUUGAUAUGACAGAUCUCCUCAAAAAUAUUACAAUUUAUGUAGAUUUCACGAGAAACGGAGAGAUAAUUUAUUCCGGGAUAACAUUCGUUUUGUACAACGGAUUGCUGACGGGACAGCGACCAAACGAAUACAGUGUGAGCCUAAAUGCAAGAUAUUCUGGACCAUUUAUCGAUAACAUUGUGAUGGAAAUUUACACGAAAUUCAAACGACCGGUUAGCUAUUUUAUACGAGAGGUUCUCGAAACGAAGGACUCAUUCGAAGAAGCUGUAGAUGCCUUAUCGAAAACUCACCUGUUCUCUCCGUCGUAUAUUAUCGUUGCGGGAACCAAACCGAAUGAGGGAGUCAUAAUUUCAAGGAACCGCUGGAAUGCUGCUGAUAUUUAUCGUCUUGAAUUCGAAAAGAAGCGUUGGUUCCUCGUUGAGACGAAUUUUGAUCAUUGGAAAGGGGAUCGCGAUGAGAGAAGGUUAACUGCAAUCGCACAACUCAAAAGAAUUGGUGCAUCGAACAUAUCGGCUUCUAGAAUGUUUGACGUUUUGUCGACUCAUCCGGUCAACAACAAUCUUACGGUAUUCUCGACGGUAAUCAGCGCUGCAAGACCAGCACUGAUGUUCGACUCGGCGACUGUUCGAGACUAA